GAGAGGCGGCCGCCGGCCGGAGGGUCCCGGGGCGGCCCGGCUGCCGGGGCAUGUGGUGAUGGCUGCGGAGAAGAGGCUGCAAGAAUACGGGGUGCUUUGCAUUCAAGAAUAUAGAAAAAACAGCAAAGUGGAGUCAAGUACACAGAACAGCUUCAUGGGCUUGAAGGAUCACCCGGGGCAUGACCUCGACCACCUUCAUGUGGAGAGCACUGACCCCCGUGUAAAUGCAUCUGUACCUUUGUCAAUGGUAGAAAAACCAACAAUGGAUAAAGUUAAUUCCGGGAAGGAAGAAAAAGAGGUGUCUGAAGAGAAUGUGAGCUCUGGUGACUCUGAAGAAAGCACCAACUCCGAUAAUGAGUCAGAACCGGUGAGCAGCGGUUCAGCGGAGCCAUGCUUCCUAACCAAGACCCACAGACAGCUGUGUCGGUCUCCCUGCCUAGAGCCUCACAUCCUCAAACGCAGUGACAUUUUGCAAGACUUUAAACCCGAGGAGUCCCAGGCGACAUCCAAGGAGGCGAGGAAGCCCCCUGAUGUGGUGCGAGAAUACCAAACAAAACUGGAGUUUGCACUGAAGUUAGGUUACUCUGAAGAACAGGUUCAGCUCGUGCUGAACAAACUCGGUACCGACGCUUUAAUCAAUGACAUUUUGGGGGAACUUGUCAAACUUGGAAACAAAAGUGAGGCUGAACAAACGGUUAGUACAGUUACCAGUGUGAUGCGGGAAACAUCUUCCCUGGAAUCCCAGCGGUCAGAAUCUCCAAUGCAAGAGGUGGCAGCAGAUGACGGGGAGAACCUGAGACCGAUAGUCAUCGACGGCAGCAACGUGGCGAUGAGCCAUGGAAACAAAGAAGUAUUUUCCUGCCGAGGAAUAAAAUUGGCGGUGGAUUGGUUUUUGGAAAGAGGCCACAAAGAUGUUACAGUCUUCGUUCCUGCUUGGAGAAAGGAGCAGUCCCGGCCCGACGCUCUCAUUACAGAUCAAGAAAUUCUGCGUAAACUAGAGAAGGAGAAGGUCCUGGUGUUCACGCCGUCCCGGCGCGUGCAGGGCAGACGAGUGGUGUGCUAUGACGACAGGUUCAUCGUGAAGCUGGCGUUCGAGUCGGACGGGAUAAUCGUGUCCAAUGACAACUACAGGGAUUUGGCAAAUGAAAAACCAGAAUGGAAAAAGUUCAUAGAUGAGCGAUUAUUAAUGUACUCAUUCGUCAAUGACAAGUUCAUGCCCCCCGAUGACCCCCUUGGGAGACACGGCCCAAGCCUGGACAAUUUUCUGAGGAAGAAACCUAUUGUUCCUGAGCACAAAAAGCAGCCUUGUCCAUAUGGGAAGAAGUGUACCUAUGGACACAAGUGCAAGUAUUAUCACCCCGAAAGGGGCAGCCAGCCCCAGCGGUCAGUGGCUGAUGAACUUCGUGCCAUGUCCAGAAACACAGCAGCCAAGACGGCCAGUGAAGGAGGGCUGGUGAAAAGCAACAGCGUCCCCUGCAGCACCAAGGCCGACAGCACUUCCGAUGCCAAGCGAGGUGCUCCAAAGAGGCAGUCGGACCCAAGCAUCAGGACUCAGGGCUACCAAGACCUAGAGGAGAAGCUUCCCACCAAAAACAAACUGGAGACCAGGUCCGUCCCCUCCCUGGUGAGCAUCCCGGCCGCUUCGCCUGCAAAACCCCAAAGCACUACGUCUCUAAGCAAUGGCCUUCCAUCUGGAGUUCACUUCCCACCUCAGGAUCAAAGACCACAGGGACAAUAUCCUCCAAUGAUGAUGGCAACCAAAACUCAUGGAACGCCAAUGCCUUAUGAACAGUAUCCAAAAUGUGACUCGCCUGUUGACGUUGGGUAUUACUCGAUGUUGAAUGCAUAUUCAGCUCUGAGCAUCUCAGGCCCGCGAAGUCCCGAGAGGCGCUUCUCCUUAGACACAGAGCACAGGGUGAGCUCGGUGGCCUCUGACUGCAGCAGUGAAGGGAGCAUGAGCUGCGGGAGCAGCGACUCGUACGCGGGGUACAACGACCGGUCCUACGUCAGCUCUCCGGACCCCCAGCUGGAGGAGAACUUGAAGUGUCAACACAUGCACCCUCACAGCCGCCUUAACGCCCAGCCGUUCCUGCAGAACUUCCACGACCCCUUAACCAGAGUGCAGAGUUACAGUCUCGAAGAGCCAAAGUACCAUCACAAGCCGCCUCUCCCGCAUCUGGCGGUGCACCUCCAGCACCCGGCCGUGGGGGCGCGGUCCAGCUGCCCCGGCGACUACCCGUCUCCCCCCGGCGCGUCUCACGCCAAGGCCCCGCACCUCGGGCGCUCCUUGGUGGCCACGAGAAUAGACAGCAUCUCUGACUCUCGGCUGUAUGACAGCUCUCCCUCCAGGCAGAGGAAGCCUUACUCCCGGCAGGAAGGGCUGGGGGGCUGGGACCGGCCGGGUUACGGGCUGGACGCCUACGGCUACCGGCAGACCUACUCGCUGCCGGAUAACCCCACGCAGCCGUGUUACGAGCAGUGCGCCUUCCAGAGCCUCCCCGAGCCGCAGGAGCCGGCCUGGCGGCUCCCGUACUGCGGGGUGCCGCCGGACCCGCCGAGGUACCAGGACAACCGGGAGAAGGUAUACAUCAACCUGUGCAACAUCUUCCCGCCCGACCUGGUGAGAAUUGUCAUGAAAAGGAACCCUCACGUGACCGACGCCCAGCAGCUGGCUGCAGCCAUUUUGGUGGAGAAAUCGCAGCUGGGUUAUUGAGAGUUGAUGCAUCUUCGUGGUGUUUUAGUAGUUUUUUGUUCAGCUCAAAUGCUGAGGGAGGUUUGCUACAAUAGCACAUGUGAUCUCCUUCUCGGCAAGGAGGUUAUAUAGUAUCCAUUUAUGUGAAAUACUGUAUCAUGGAAUCUGUAUGUACAGCCCCACAUAGUGGAAGUAUCACGGGAUUGCUUUACAUUCAAACUUUUUUUUAACCUUUCCUUUUUAAAGCUAUAUAUCCUUGGCUGGAAGUUUUUCCAGUUUGAUUUAUUAGAUGUGUCUGUGAUCUUUGAUAUUAAUCUUUGGUGCAUCAGGGGUUUAUAUGCAGCACUUUUUAAUCCUUGUUUCAUGGUUUAUUAACUUGGUGUUUGUCUAUCAAUUGCAAGCAAUUCCAAUACCUUCAGAAUGUUGAACAUUUGACUAGACCUAGCAGACUAUUUUUUCAAGCCGAGCUUAAUUGGAAUCUUUUACAGCUUUUUAAGUUAUUUUUAUUUGGGGAAAGUGGGCUUCUUUGUGCUAUAAUCAUUAUUUAUAGAAACAAAGAUAUACUACAGCACUGACUUUAUAUUUUUAACAAAAUGUAAGUUACCAGUUUAUGUUGAAAUGGGUAACAGUAUAUAUUAGAAUGAUUUACAAAUGUGGCACUUUUCACUGUUUUAUUUUUGUUUGGAUAUUUUGUGUUAAGUAAUUAGUUAAUUUAAUAUGGUUGACUUACAGGAAGGCAGAUGCAAUCAAUGGAAAAAAUUGUUUCCAUUUUUUUUUUUUAUAAAAAAAGGCAAAAGCCGUAACUGUUACAGUUUAGAGCUUGUUAUCCAGCUGUGAUGUGCUUCUAGACAGUAGACCUGGAAUUGAAUUCCUAGAUUUCCAUUAACCUGUAUUUUUAAUGUGUUUGUCUUUUUGUUUGGGGGCACAACAAUACUGGAUAAAAUAACCCUUUCACAGUACUUGCCCGUUUUUAAUGAAUCUAAUUAUUCUCAAUGCAACUUUUAUAUUUAAUAUACUCUUUAGCUUUCCUGCUAUUUAUCAAGGCUGGCCUGAGGUGGUUUUACGUGUUGAGGAUAUGCAACAUUUAUUGAUACUGCACUAUAGAAAUGGUGAUGGAGGAGUUGUAAAUGGUAACUUAAAAUUUUUGUAAGAUACUGUAUAUUUUCCAUUUUCCUGAAGGUAGUUUUUUGGGGGGUCAGUUAUAUUAUUAAGGCCAGAUUCUUGCCACAAAUAGUGUAGUUUUUAGAUACAGACUAGAGUCUGUUCUAGUAUUAGUAAAGGAUAUUUCUGGUUUCACAGUCAUGGGUUUUGCUGGGUGUGGGUUCCUUUCUGUCGGUUAGGAGGUAGACGAUGUGGUGAGUGGCAGACGGCAGUGUCACUGGCACGACUUCACGCUGCCUCCAGUUUGUGAAUGUUGCUGAGUGUAACACACUCUGCAGGCUGCCUGUUUGUCCGGUUAUCCUGGUCUUUACCUGCCAGAGCUGGAAGUAAAGCCCUGAAAAACCAGAAGAUACCUUUUACUGUUGAUACAAAUUGUAUCUUUUUAACUAUAAGAACUAUUUUGAUUUGUAGAUCUAGUUAAAACACAAACGUGUAACUACGAUUAGACUUUUGGGCAACAUUUUAUCCCUUAUUUAAAUGCAAAAUUUUAAGGUAAAAUUGAAGUCUAGAGUAGGGUAGAAAAUAAAAGUAACAAUUUAGGUAAAUAAAGUGUCUGUCUUAGUUUUAUAUAUUAAAAUAGAGUCAAUGAAUUUAUUGGCAUUUUCUUUCUCCUAAAACUUAUCUAGCGUGAACUUAAAAUAAAGGUAAAAUGCUGCCUGAAAAUUACGUCCAAGCACCUUUGACUAGGACAACAUUUUCACUACUCAUGUGACACCGUGUGUCGCAUGCAGUAGGAUUUGGGUUUCAGUAAAUGCUUCUAAAAGGCAUUGUGCAUAUUGACAUAUCCAAUAAUCUGAACCGUGUUCAGCAAACCUAAUUCAGGAAGGUGGGGUUCUCUGCAGUGGCUGCUGCCGUCUGUGCGGUGGGGUGCCCCUCGCUGCCGGGAGGGGACACGGGCGCUGCCACCCACGCCAGACCCAGGCGCGGCCCCGGAGCGCCCCGCUCACUUGAGAAAUCGUUCACCUGAUUUUGUCGGUCACUCUCUGUAACAAGUUUAAUGUAGAGGCCAACCCAGUGCCAAAAAUAGGGUUACAAACGUGAGGUACCUUUCAUUUCAGUUAUAUUUAUUCUAAGCUUUUUUUUUUAAUUUAAGUAUGAAAUCAUUUUAAAAUGAUACAUGUAGGUUUUGCUUCCGUUUUCUUAAUUUCUGCAUUUUAAUUACUUGGAGAUUCUGCCAAACUUGAUUAAAUUCAUUUAAAUGAGAUCUUAGGUGAAAUGGCUAUCAUGGCCUUUAAUUUGACUUCCUAAUGCCUUUAGCUAACUCUGGGUCACCGCUUCCUGGAGUGUAGACUGUGGACAGCAGUGGAGCUUGCCACCACCUGUCCCGAAGUGAGUAGCUCUGAACAGCCACACUGAAAUUCCUCAGUGUAAGUGACCCAGUUAAGAAACUGCAGUUUUCUUAUGUCAAGAGGCAGUCUGUCCCCUGACCCCCUUUUUGUUUUGUUUUGGGUUGUUUUUUUUUUUUUUUUUUUCGGUUUUUCUGAAGCACCAGUUUUGCUUUCAGAGCUGACGAAUGAGAUGUUUGGCUGACUUUAGAUACUGCAAUUUCUUAAUGAUCUAAAGCAAUAAAUGAAAGGGUCCAUCGUUAAAGUUAAAUCCAUAGCGGAUCCCAAACCUUCAUUUUAGCCAAAACUUUCACCUUAAUCGUAUCUUUUACCAGACUUGCUAACAGAUAACCCAAAGAGGUGUGUUAGUAAGUGGAGAAACUGCCCAAAGUGGUCCACUGAGAGAAGAGGAAGGAUUCAGACUGGCACAGUCUGUCCCGGAGUAAUGGAGAGCGACUGUCCUUUACACAGUGACUCCCCCGAGUGUUGUCUCUGUGUCUUUGUACAGAGGGAGCGGUACCCAACUGGCCAAAUUCUGGCCCUUAGUAUUUCCUCCUUUCUUGCACGUGAUACAUAAGUUUUCACUCUCCUUUUUACAAUCUGUGUAUCCUGAUAGAGUUUGCCAUUGACCUAAACGUUUGAAAGAAAUGCACACCGGUAUAAAAUAUUUGAUACUGGUAGAAACUUGAACUUUGUGUUUUUAUGAAAACUCAUUUAUGAGAAUAUGUAAUAUAACCAAAAAGAGUGUUUUUAUAUAUAUAUACUUAUAUAUAUAUAUAUAUAUACACACACACACACACACAUUCAUACAUGCAUACAUAUCUGUUAUAAAGUAUUAAAAAUGGGAGAGUGAUACGCUUUUGAUAGCUAACUUUUCCUUAAUUGAACUAUGUUUCUUUGAGUUAUGGAUGACCAAGUCUGGUGUCUGGAUGACCAAUGAUAAGAUUUAGAACCACUUGAAUGGAAAGCAACUCUUUGCUGGUUUUAUUCCUGGUAUUUUUGAAGAAUUAUUUUGAUAAUUUUAAUAGAACAUGUAAAUUUUAAAACACACACACACAAAAAAAAAACGUUUAAAGUAGUUUUGAUUCUACAGAUAAUUUAACAUGUCUUUUAUGGAUGUAUCUAUAUGUAUAAGACAGUAAUAUAUUUAUAAAACAAAUAUACUUUAUGUCGUAGUUGUUAGUCUGUGACAGGUGGGAGGGUGGCUCUGGAUAUGUCUGUGUGUGUUUUGAAAACUCUCAAGCUAUUUUUCCUCUGACUUCAUGGCAUUUACCCUGAGGUAUAUUUGGUUUUUGUUAUUCUUUUCUGCUAUCCAACUUCCUUAUUCAAGAUCAAAUAAGACGUCCAGUCGCCCAGCCAUUCUGUUAGGUGUGGCGCAUCCAUUUUAUUGCCAUCCAACUCCUGGAGACUUCCUGGGUGACCUGAAGUCAAAACAGGUUAUGGCCAGAGAGAAUGGUUAUGUUCCAGAUAUAUUCAACAUGGGAACCCAGCUAGGAUGCUCAGACUCCUUGGUACGCACCCACAAAUAAAACGAAGUGUAAAAUGCAUGUACUGCACACGUGCAUUAGCAUAAGAGAAAGCAGAGUGCUAAUCAAAGUAGAGAAACAGAUGCAUUACUUUAGAUCAGUCUGGGAAGCCCCUUAGGGCCAGAGUUGACAAUUUCUGUAAAGGAUCAGACAGUAAGUAAUUCAGGCUUUGAGAAUCACAUGGUCUCUGUGAACUACUCACCUCUGCCCUUCCAGCGGAAAAGCAGCCACGGGAAAUAUGUAAAUGAAUGGGUGUGGCUGUGUGCCAAUAAACCUUUAUUUUACCCGUGGGCCAUAGUUUGCUGAUUCCUGCCCUAGAACGAGAGAAACAGGCAUAUUAAGCAGAAAAUCCUGAUAUGUGUUAAUAUAAGAAAUAAUAAUUAUUGUUCAGUUGGCCUUCAAAGAAAAUGUUAUUGGUGUCCUUCAAAAGAAGAUUGUAAGACAGUCAUAUUAAAGCAUCUUAAUUCACUGAUGUUUUUGGCCUGGCCACAAACAUUUAUUAGAGAGAUUUCGUGUGUUUAAUCACCAAAAGCAUUCUGUAAAAAGAUGUUUUAAUAAAUAUCGAAAUCUUUUCAUGAACUUUCUAUUGAUAAAUGGGAAUCCUUUACCUACCUUUUGUUUUUUUUAAGGGCCUCAUGGACCAAAAAUUCCGUUGUAGUUUUUGAGAAUUAACAUAUAAUUAGCCAUAAAAUACUUUAAAGACUGCAUCUAUCAGUUACAUUUCUCUGCUGGUUUUUGACUUCUGAAAAAUGACAGACCUGCCCUUCUUUAAAAAUGGUUUUAAAGAAGACAAAUAUAUUGUAAGUUCACAUACUGUAACUUUAUUCUGUAAGAUUAAAACUUGUGACUAGUGGAAUCGUAGCUAUACUGUGAAUGCACUUGCUGUAUUGUGAUUCUCUUUAUAAAUAACAGUGUCUCCUGGCUCUCUGCAAACCUUUAGUGUAGAUUAUGUUAAACACCUUAGGACUGUCCUUGGUGAAUGAUGUUCUGAACGUGAUCGUGUGUGAUUUUAAAUUCCUUGGAGUACAUGCUGUGUACCACGUUCAUUCACAGGGCUUUGUAAAUUGUGAUAACAUCACAUCAUUUCCAUAGGAACAGAAAAUAGUUUUGAAUGUUACCAUCCACUUACGCUUUCUUUUAAGAUUGGACUAUAACUCUAGGUUCUAACAGUGUUCACAGUUUUAGAUGGUGACUUAAUUUUUUUUUUAUGCUGUCAACCUGCUGUUUGCUUUUUACAGUAAUACUCUGUGAUAUGUUAGCCAUGACUUUCUCCCUAAGGUCCUUUGUCUUUCAGAUUUAAAAACAAUUUAAACUGACCACUUGACAAUUUGGAAGUAAAAAAAAAAAAAAUCUGUGCAUGUUCCACUUUAUAAAAUUUGUAGAGUUUCAUAUUUUAAACCAUGUACCAAAUUUGCCUAUUUUCUGUCCAGACAUCUCAGCAGAGACAAACUGUUGUUCAUUGAAGCUUUUGACCCCUUUCUUAAAGCAGCUUCUGCCUCAAGGGAAAAAGACACUGAAGAGGAAUGGUUUGUUUUUAAGAACACGCUUUAGAUUUCCUUUGGGUUGGGGAAGUUAGCAGUGUCCCAGCCAACACAGAGCACCCACCAACACGCGCGCUUCCGCAGAGACGUGGACGCAGCACUAUAACCUUUCCUUCUAGGUUUUCUCCCCCCAAGCCGUAGGUGUAUGCUGAGAGUAGAAUUUCCAAUCUGAUCCUUCAAACUUUUCUUAUAGGAAAAUAAGGCAAAGAGUAUGUUUAGAACAACCAUCUGAUAAACUGAUGUGAUGCGUUUGCCCCAUGUCUGUUCUCUGUGUUUCUGUAAUGGAAUUUUUUUUUUCAACUCCGAAAAGCAGUAUUUUAGACCUACUGGAAAUCCGUAUCAAAACAGCUAUGUGAUUCUGCCACUGAGAGAAAAAAAAAAUUAAAAAAGAUUCAUUUUCCCUA